CUCCCUUCUAUGUAAACCUCAAAACACUAUCCACUUAUACUUUGCACAUUCCACAUCACAAUUUUGACUUGAUAAAAUUAUGUCAUCCCUUUCAUUUCUCUCAAUUCAAACAAAAUCCUACUUAGGGGCAAACAGUCAUGGUCCGUUCUCUAACCAUAGCACCUUCACCUACAUCUACUGCAACCCCUCUUUCAAAGAACACAUCUAAUAGUAAUGUCCCAUUUCUAGGGUUUCAGAGAGUAUGUGCUUCCCAUAGAAAAUCUAUUUCUAAGCCAGUUUCUGAUGCCAAUCUUGUUCAUCGGAGGAGUGUGAGCUUGGGUUUGGCGGGUGCCUGGUUGGGCUUGAACAUCGGUGACCGGAGUGCAAAUGCAGCUAGAAGGCCGCCACCUCCACCAUCGGAGGAGAAGAAAGACCCUAAUUUAAGUGGUGUACAAGCAAAAGUCCUAGCAAGCAAGAAGAGGAAGGAGGCUAUGAAAGAAUCCAUAGCCAAACUAAGAGAGAAAGGAAAGACCAUAAAUGAACAAUCUAAGCCCACAAGUAGUUCUAUUGAACCAUCUGAAUAGUAACCCACCUUGUAAUUUGUAUUUGUUCAACAUUUUUCUUGAGUGGAAGAGAAAUUUGUAUUCCAAAUUACAAAUACUUUCAUCAUUUUUUGAAAUUAUGAUGUGUUCUAUCGAACGAAAUAACUAUUUUUUACGAUA